AUGGCAGUAUAUCUGGCCCCGAGCCCCUCGCGGCAGGCCGAGAAAACGGGCGAAACUGUUGCAUGCGUCGCUGGAGAAGAAGCUGCUUUGAUGACGGACGUUACAAAGAGGAAGAGAAAGAGGAAGAGGAAGGAGAGGAUUAAGAGCAACAAGAGGAACAAGAGGAAGACGCGUAACAAGAGAAAGAAGAGGAAGAAGAGAAAGAAGAGGAAGAAGAGGAAGAAGAGAAAGAAGAGGAAGAAGAGAAAGAAGAGGAAGAAGAGAAAGAAGAGGAAGAAGAGGAAGAAGAGGAGGAAGAGAAAGAAGAGGAGGAAGAGAAAGUAGUGGAAGCAGUGGAAGAUGAGAACGUAGAGAAAGAAAACGGUAAAUGGGAAAGUUGUUUCUCUCUAGUCCCCUGGGAACUGAGUGGGGAGCAUGGGAAGGGAGUUGAAGGGUGAGCCCUGGGAGUAUUUGGAUAAUAAGGGACAACUUCAUAGAAGGGAACCUUGCUGAAAGUGAUGCUUGCUGCUCAAUUUGCCGCAAGUUCUCUGCAAAACCACAGCGAUGUUUGACCUGGCCGUCGAACGUCGGAAAUGGUUAUGACCAACCUAUAUCGAACUUAUAUGGCCAUGGUUUGAUCGCAGAUUGCAAACGC